AUGGAGGGCGACGUCGAAGGAGGCUCGCGGGCGCCCCAGGAGCCGAGUGAGGGCCCGGGUGCCCAGAAGCCCCCUUACUCCUACGUGGCCCUGAUCGCCAUGGCCAUCCAGGCCAGCCCCGGGCAGCGGCUGCCCUUGAGCGGCAUCUACCGCUUCAUCGCCCAGCGCUUCCCUUACUACCGCCUCGGCCAGAAAAGCUGGCAGAACAGCGUCCGCCACAACCUGAGCCUCAACGCCUGCUUCGUGAAGGUGCCCCGCCGGGCAGCCGGGGAGCGCAAGGGCAACCUCUGGGCGCUGGAUCCGGCCUGCCAGGACAUGUUCGAGCCGGGCGAUUACCGCCGCCGCCGCCGCCGGAGACGCCCCCCUCGGCGGGCGGCCCGGACCCCCUUUCCCGGCCACGCCGGACGUGGCGCUCCUGCCUUGCUGGAACCCGCGGGGCUUUUGAACCGUCCCGAGCACCUUUUUUUUCCCCGCUCCGAAAGCCCCGAGCCGCUGGAUUCCCGGAUCCACUCUUUCUCUCCCCCGCCCCAUGCUUAG